CCCAGCCGGACGUACAACUCUUCCCUCUCUAACACUCCCUCCAUCAUAUUCUCAGCGCUCCCAUCAUUCCUUUGCUGCUCUCCACCGUCUCAUCCAUCCACCCCCUCCUCCCUCCCCCACCUUUCUUUUCUGUUUUCAAAAUUCUCUUUUUUAUCUUGCGGUGAUUCGGGGUCACCAAGCUAUGGAUUCAACUAGCAUGGUGAUCCCAUCUACCUCCGAACCCGCGGUCGUGAGGGCCUUUACAAAUGGGUAUUCGGCAUCCCCUCUUUCCAAUACUACCGGCUACAAAGAUGAGCUGGCAGCAAAUGACGACCAAAGCACGAGAUCUCAUUCCCCCAGUGACCAGACCGUCACCUCCGAGUCCUCCCCCGAGGCAGACCCCGCAGACGACUCGUAUAAUACCGAUUCUCCCGAUGCAGAGGGUGACGAUGAUGAAUCUGUGAUGGGAAACAGCGUCAAAGCUAGCAGCCCUUCCAUUGCUGAAAACUCUUCCUCCCCCGAACCGUCACAUGGCAUCAAGCGCAAAUCACCGUCUGCCAAUGAUUUGGAUUACAUUCGUCAGAAUCCUGACUUAUAUGGACUUCGCCGAAGUGGACGAGCUAGGACGACGCGCCAUCUAGCUGAAUCUUCCUCAGAGUCAGACUCCGAUGACGUGGCACCUCGCGCGAAACGCCGACGCCCUGCCCCUUCACAGUUAUCCUCGAAAGCCCCUUCCCGCUCCGCAACACAAUCCACUUACUCUGAUGAGUCGGAUAGUGAUGAAUACGGAGGCAAUCGUGCUCGCGCGAGCAAGGCGAAACGUCGACGACUCUUACAAGCGUCCGCGAACAACGUUCCUUCUCAUGCCGAGGUCCGCUUCUCGACAAGAAACGCCGCUCGGGUUUCGAACUACAAUGAAGAUGACGAUGAUUCAAUGUUCGAAGAUGAUGCAGAUGAGUUAACACCGAAUUAUUGGGCGACCGCCGUAGAGGAUGACCGCCCAGCCGUAGAUAUCGUGCUCAAUCACCGUCCCAAGGCAGAUGUCAACCCGAGCGACCCGAACGUCGGUCGUCACCAGUUCGAGUUUUACAUCAAGUGGCAGGGGAAGUCUCACUAUCACGCGACGUGGGAAACAACAGAAUCUCUUGCCAACUGUCGCAGCAUCCGUCGCGUUGACAAUUACGUCCGGAAGGUCCUCGCUGAGGAUCUACGCUUGAACUACGAUGACGAUGUCGCGCCUGAAGAUCGGGAGAAAUGGAAUCUUGACCGCGAGAGAGAUGUAGACGCUGUGGAGGAUCACAAACACGUGGAACGAGUGAUUGGCAUGCGCGAAGGGGAUGAUGGUACAGAAUAUUUGGUGAAAUGGAAACGCCUUUUCUACGACUCUUGUACAUGGGAAAGUGAAGAGCUGGUUAGUGAGAUUGCUCAACGCGAGGUAGACCGAUUCUUAGACCGUUCAUCUCGUCCACCCGUCUCAGACAAGACGGAAUCUAACCCUGCCACCCGCAAACCGUUCGAACCCAUCAAAGGAACGCCAAGCUUCUUGCAAAACGGCCAGCUCAAGGAGUUCCAAGUCAAAGGGGUCAAUUUCAUGGCCUUCAACUGGGUCAAAAACCGCAAUGUUGUUCUCGCCGACGAGAUGGGACUGGGGAAAACAGUACAAACUGUCGCCUUCAUCAGCUGGCUGCGCCAUGUUCGACGCCAACAAGGGCCUUUCGUCGUCGUCGUCCCUCUUUCCACUAUGCCGUCCUGGGCUGAAACCUUUGAUAACUGGACUCCCGACCUGAACUAUGUGGUCUACAACGGAAAUGAAGCUGCUCGUAAUGUCCUCAAGGAACACGAGCUCAUGGUAGAUGGCAACCCUCGACGACCCAAGUUCAAUGUCCUCUUGACCACAUAUGAGUAUGUUCUGCUGGACUCGGCAUUUUUGAGCCAGUUCAAGUGGCAGUUCAUGGCAAUUGACGAGGCUCAUCGACUGAAGAAUCGCGAUUCGCAACUCUAUCUGAAGCUCCUUGAGUUCAGGUCGCCUGCACGCCUUCUAAUCACCGGUACACCCAUUCAGAACAACCUGGCUGAAUUGUCGGCGCUCCUCGAUUUUCUGAACCCCGGUAUGGUCGAUAUCGAUGCAGAUAUGGAUUUGAACUCUGAUGUCGCCUCUCAGAAGCUGGCGGAAUUGACAAAAGCCAUUCAACCCUUCAUGUUACGCCGGACGAAAUCUAAGGUUGAAUCGGAUCUUCCUCCCAAGACGGAGAAGAUCAUUCGUGUCGAGCUUUCCGAUGUUCAAUUGGAGUACUACAAGAACAUUCUUACCAAGAACUAUGCCGCCCUGAACGAAGGUGCUAAAGGCCAGAAACAAUCCCUCUUGAACAUCAUGAUGGAACUGAAGAAAGCAAGUAACCAUCCGUUCAUGUUCCCCAGUGCUGAAGCCAGAAUUCUCGAUGGGAGUACACGUCGUGAGGAUGUUCUACGAGGCUUGAUCACAAGCAGCGGGAAAAUGAUGCUUCUUGAUCAACUCCUGGCCAAGUUGAAGCGGGAUGGGCAUCGCGUUCUGAUUUUCAGUCAGAUGGUGAAGAUGCUCGAUCUUCUAGGGGACUACAUGGAGUACCGUGGCUACACCUAUCAGCGACUCGACGGCACAAUCCCUUCAGCUGCCCGUCGCCUCGCGAUCGAACAUUACAAUGCCCCUGAUAGUAGCGAUUUUGCUUUCAUUCUUUCAACACGAGCCGGUGGUCUCGGUAUCAACCUUAUGACGGCUGAUACCGUCGUUCUCUUCGACUCUGAUUGGAACCCGCAAGCUGAUCUCCAAGCGAUGGCAAGAGCUCACCGUAUCGGUCAAACGAGACCUGUGAGCGUAUAUCGCCUGGUAUCAAAGGACACGGUAGAAGAGGAAGUCAUAGAGAGAGCGCGCAACAAGCUUCUCCUUGAGUUCAUUACAAUCCAACGAGGUGUUACCGACAAGGAAGCCUCCGAAAUCCAGAACAAAAUGACUCGAGGAGGCGUCACGAUGGGCGAACCGAAUUCCACUGAGGAUAUCUCACGAAUCCUCAAGCGCCGUGGCCAGAGGAUGUUUGAACAGACCGGAAACCAGGAGAAGCUUGAGCAGCUCGAUAUUGAUUCAGUUCUCGCCAAUGCUGAGUUACAUCAGACAGAGCAGGCUGAAGCGAUACAAGCGGACGGUGGCGAAGAAUUCCUGAAAGCGUUUGAUUUCGUGGACAUCAAAGUUGACGAUCUUAGCUGGGACGACAUUAUCCCCAAGGAGCAACUUGAGGAGAUCAAGGCAGAGGAGAAGCGGAAGGCUGACGAGAAAUACCUUGCUGAAGUCAUUGAGCAGAACCGACCGCGCAAGCGCAAUGCUGCAGGGGAUGAACAAGAUACCCGAGCAGAGAGGAAAGCCAAGAGACAAGCUCGAGUCCAGGUCAGCAUGAAUGAUGAAGACGACUCGGACUCAGGUGCCCAGGCAGAUCCGAAGCGGCCGCUUGUGGAGAAGGAGUAUCGCCAUCUCCUUCGAGCCUUCCUACGUUAUGGCGACAUUGAUGAUCGAGAAGAGGAUGUGAUUCGCGAAGCCCGUCUACUCGAGCGCGACAGGGAAACCGUUAAAACUGCUCUCCGUGAGAUCACGGACAAGGCUGCGGCGCUUGUUCGAGAGGAUGUUGAGAGAAUGGAGGCCCUCGAGAACGCUGGCAAGGUCCUUACGAAGAAAGAGAGAAAAGCAGUCUUGUUUGAUCUACACGGUGUUAAGCGCCUCAAUGCUUAUACGAUUGUCGAGCGUCCGACGGAAAUGCGUUUGCUCAAGGAAGCAACACUGGCGGUAACAGACUUUCGGAACUUUCGUAUCCCGGAAGCCACAAAAGCCCCUGACUACUCAUGCCCAUGGGGUGCCAGAGAAGAUGGAAUGCUGUGUGUUGGUAUCUCCCGCCAUGGAUAUGGUGCCUGGACGCAGAUUCGGGACGAUCCUGACCUGGGACUGGGUGACAAAUUCUUCCUGGAAGAACACCGAGUUGAGCGUAAGAACGAGCGCCUGAACGCUGAAGACAAGACUACAAAGUCUCCGGGCGCUGUCCAUCUCGUUCGGCGAGCCGAUUAUCUCCUAUCCAUUCUAAGAGACAAAGCUAGCAAUGGCUCGAAUGCUAAUGCAAAGCGAGUUGUUGAAAACCACCACCGCAAUGCCCGGAAAGCUAACGCGCGGCCGCAAACGAGUGCCAGUGUUUCGGCAUCUCCGGCUCCCUCAAUCCAGCGCAAGGGCCAUCGGGAGCAAGAUAGGGCUCGUCAACGGUCUCAUACCCACGGCGGUCGAGAGAGCAUGGAGCGACAUCAUACCCCAAAUCGUGAUUCGCGCGCACGCUCACUUCACGAUGGCGAACGCCGGCAUCGACCUUCUGAUGCUUCGAGUGAGGAUGUUCGUCGUCGCAAGAACAGCGAGAAUGGCCACUCGGCGAACAAGGAAGACAUGUCGCGUCGUUUCUUCAAGCCUAUCCGCGAGGAUUUGAAGAAGGUAUCCGACGUCACCAAGGACAAUUUCCCCAACAAAACCGAACGUGCUUUGGAGCUUCGGCGCCUUCUCAACAAAAUUGGAGGCUUCAUCAGUCAAAACCUGCGGGGGGAGCAGUCAGAUGCUCGCUCCUCCCUUGAGACACGAUUAUGGAAUUACGUCUCGAUUCAGUACUGGCCCAAUAAAGACGCGGAAGGCACCAAACUCAGGGACAUGUACCACAAACUCUCUGAACUCAACAAGAAAGCGGCUGCAGCCAAAGCUUCCUCGAACGGAGACUAGAAUCCUUUUCACGGUGCAACAAAAGCCCUGUUUUCGAAUCAGUUUAACCACAUUUGUUCUCUUACAUCUCCUCGAUUGUGUUCCUCUUUUACUCCCUACAUUAUGCAUACUUGGGAAAGCAUGGCGACGGCGUCUGGUGUGGUCCUUCCUCGGGCACUUACAUGAGCCCUCUGCAGCGAGUGGUCUUGAUACGAUGUUUGCAUGAGAUAACCCACUUAUUUCUUUUCAAAAUCUUUUGGCUCCUUGUCUUCUCUUACGCACCUGCUCGCUGCCUGUUUGGAACGGAUCAGGUUCAGCUAUUAUUUUUUUCCACUCAUACCACCCACCCACCGCAAAUCUAGAUUGAUCCGCGAGCGAGUGAAGUUGGUCGUUUUCUUCAGCUGGCGUUUUUCUUCAGCUGGCGUUGGUUGGGGUCCGGUUAUGUGGGCAUAUUCUUGUACCCUAUUAUACAGAUGGUGCUUCCUUUUCAUUCUUCCUUUCAGUCUCGGUCUCGGUCUUCUCGGGAGUUGGAGCGACUCUGAACUGGAGAAUUCGUCACCAUCAUCCCCGUGUGUCUUCAUUCUGGGAGAUAUGUUUGAAAUGUUGCUAGACCUCGCUUUUGUUUCAUUUCCACCGGUCACAACGGUUAUGAUGGAGCUUCUACCUGACUACACUACUGAGGUAUGCGUUAUGGGCUCGACUGGAUUACGGAAGCUGGUUCUUUUCUCUAAUGUCUUGAUAUACGAAGAGAAGAGAGUUGAGAAUGCAUGACGAGUCGAAAUUUUUAUUCCUUCUUCUCAUUGUAAAGUCUGUAGACGUGUAUUGCAUUAAGUUGCGCCCUCGCCCCCUAUGAGUAAAAGCGUAAGAUGACAUUAUUGAAAAUAAGAGAAUCUUGCGCCAGAUUGUAAUCGCAUCGAAGCAAGUAAACCAUCAUUGAGCCCGCCCACUUUAGUACAUGGAUAAAUAAAGAGAUAGAAGAGAAGAAAAAGUUGUAGUCCCCCGCACGAAUUGUAUAUCAGAGUCGGAGUAGUGGUAUAAUGCUUUCACAGCGGAAUCGAGUCUCGAGCUUGUCCGUUCCCCGCCGCUAUCUGCGGCGGCGCCUGCUUCCUGGUAGCUCCAUUUGCUGCCGCAGUGGCAGCAAGAGGUUGGCCAGGAGUCAGACCCCGCGCAUUCAUGACCGCACUCAGAAGCCUCACUUGAGCAUCAAUCAUAUCAUCAAAUAUCGCCUCCUUCUCUGCCCACGCCUCUUUCCGCUUCGGCCGGAUCUUAUCCCAUUCACCCUGGAGCUCCACACCCUCCUGCUCAGCCCAGUGGAUCUGUCUUCGGAGCAGCCUAUACAGCUCAUGUGGACUCAUCUCGAGUUCGUGGUCAUCGAAGCCAUUCUCAGCGGUGAACUCGGGGACCUCGAACUCGUCGGCGUCUUCAGUCCCCGCUGUGUCGUCGUUGAUGCUCUCGCUGUAUUGGUCUGUGUUGUCGUCUCUGGGUGGAUGUGAGAGCUUUAGCUUGAUGCGCUGGAGUUUGCUGGCAGGCGUGCCGACCGGCGUUCCUGCGGAGGAGAGGAUGUCGUGACGUUUGGGGACAGGAUCAGAUGGGCGGAGAGCUUCCGUUUCGUGGACGGUUCGCAUGUGUUUUGCUAGGGCAUCGGAGCGGGUGAAACUGCGGUCGCAUUCUGUAGGGAUUGCGAGCAUGGUUAGUUGUGAUAGCUUCACCUUGUGACGCGACAAAAAAAAUGAGAUAAAGCAGCGGCGGUGCCACGAAUACUAGCAAGGAAAAGACGAACCAGGAAGCGAGCAGUAAAAAGGCUUUUCCCUCGUAUGGCUCCUCAUGUGAGCGCGCAAUGCGUAGCCGCUCGCAUGCGUUUGACCCUUUCGAGGACAAUCGGACCAUUCGCAGGAGUAUUUCUUCUGUCGGCUACCGACAUGCUCGUUGUGGAUGUGUUGGACCAAGUCGUCCAUGUUCCCGAGGUCUUUAAAAUCGCAACCCUCCCACCGGCACACGGUGACCUGGUCGUUGCAUUGCCCGCUGUAGUCCUCGUCCUGGUUUGCCCCGAUGAGCGACAGCGUGUUGGGUGAGUUGGGAAUCUCGCCGGACGUAUCGGACGAUAUGGAAGAGGACGGCGACGGCGGCGCGGGCAGUUCAUCCUGGAAGGAUGUCGAUAAGGGCGUGUUACGGUCCCAGGAGGCCAUUCCGGUGCGGCGACGCUUCGACGGCGGCAUGUUGGCGCCUGCUGCUGAUGGAGAGAAACCCUGCUUGGAGUCGUCGCGAUCCGACAUGUCGUCGGAGGCCACGGAGGAGAGGGGGGAGCCAGGGGAUUCGGCCAUUGGGGAUUUUGGUGGGGAGAGGGAUGGAAGCUGGGUUGAAUGAGCGAAUUAAAGUGGCAAGGGCGGAGACGGCAGGGACUGCGAGAGGAUUUCGCGGAAGGGAGAUCCUGAAUUUGAUUGACGUUAUGCUGGCCUCUGGAGGAAUCGAGUAUACACAGGCUAGCUGCACGUGAUGAGGCUAUCUCUUUGACGCGCUCCACAACUUUUUCUUUUCCCACUCGACACUCUCUGCUAACGCACACGAAAAUACACAGCAAGCAAUAACAUGGCCUGAGUCCUGUUUUGAUUAUGGCGGUGCGGUCACACUGCGUGGGCGUCGGCGUUCAGCUCGCGACUGUGAAAUAUUAUGAUGACGCCUUGCCCAGUAGCUCAGUGGCAUGACUUGAAAGGUCGAGGUCUAGCUCGAGACGUCGGUACAAGAUACGGGCGUUCCCUUGCAACAUGGGGUGACUGCCUCGCUGUACUACCAAGCUCGGAACAAGACCCAGAAUGGCCGUCGCCGCGGCCAGUCAGGGCUCUCUCGGGUUUUGAUGAUCCCGGUCUAGGAUGAGUCACGACGGUCACGGUCCUUGAGCAAGUCCUAUCUAUCUGGACAGGAAGGAUGGCUAGACUGCUUAAUUCUUGAUCUCCGUUGCGGGAAUGUAGGUAGGGCUAUAUGGUAGCACCGAGCUGGCUCCUUCAUUGACUCGCCGUUGAUCUACUUUUAUGGGCAUGGAAUUUCCCUGGUAUUGCCUUGGCUCGACAAAUGUCGAAAGCUUCCAGCAUCCCUUACUCAAUGCUCUAGAAUCACCCAGGCUUCUUAGUGAAAUCAACAAUGUUGCCUUGAGCUACCAACAUAACUGCUUUUCCAAUUUCAAAAUGUCAUCUCUCAUAACGCUAAGUCCCUCCAUCGCGAAAACACAAAAAAACCCCAGACGCCCCAGCAAAAGUACACAAGGUACAUAUCCCAUCAUCCCCAUACCGAUAUCCCAAAUAGCGCCCCCUACAAAGCAACCUCGUCACUACUAUUCAGCGUCUCCCGAAACUUCUUCCUCAACACCUCAAGCAACGUAUCCACGAAACCCUGCGGUUCCUCUGCCGCACUAUCCAUAUCGUCCGUAGCCGCGGAAUCACUCCCGCCCGCACUCGCAGCCACAGUGCUAAACGUCGUAGUCGUAGUAGUCAUCGUCUUAGUCGCCCCACCAUCCUUAUCAACAUGCUCCUCAACCUUCACCGUGCCGCUCGGCCUAGGUACCUCCUCGUUCGCGUGGGAUGUAACCGUAUUCGUUGCGGCGUUGCUGUCGUCGAUUGAGGUGCCAUCGUCGUAUUCCUCUGGGUGGAGCUUGUUGAAUCUGUUGAAUUCUUCGACGCCGAGGGAGGCGAAGAUGUGUGAGAGGAGGUCAGUUUUGCUGGGGAUCAUGCGCUGGGAUAAUGGUUAGCAUGGUUGAUAUUGUGAGAGGAUGUGGGUGCACGUACGCGAGGUGCAAUGGCAUCGGAUUCCUGGUUGUUUGUGGUCUCUGGUAGUGGAAGAGACCUCGUGAGUGGGGAGAGGAGGAGGGUGGUUAUGACGAUGAUGAGGCUCGUUGUGGCUUUCAUUUUGAGAUAAUCUUUAUAUUGUUCGAGCGGCGUGUAGAAACAGCGUUGGUAAAUCCAAGUGUAUGCUAUGGUGGCUGCAACCAGGUAUAUUUUCA